AUGUAUCUGAUCCUGAUAAAUCUGUCUAUCGAGCCCUAUCGGGUCCUUUAUGGUCACUAUCUAUCUAUCUAUCUAUCUAUCUAUCUAUCUAUCGAGAGAGAGAGAGAGAGAGAGAGAGAGAGAGAGAGAGAGAGAGACAGUGAAUGUGAUACCUUAUCUCUCUUGUCCUGUUCAUUAUCUAUCUCUAUCUAUCUAUCUAUCUAUCUAUCUAUCUAUCUAUCUAUCUAUCUAUCUCAGUCUGAUCAUAUCUAUCUAUCCUUCUCAGUCCGAUCACAUCUAUCUAUCUAUCUAUCUAUCUAUCUAUCUAUCUAUCUAUCUAUCUAUCUAUCUCAGUCUGAUCAUAUCUAUCUAUCCUUCUCAGUCCGAUCACAUCUAUCUAUCUAUCUAUCUAUCUAUCUAUCUAUAUAUCUCAUCUAUCUAUCUAUCAUCUAUCUCAGUCUGAUCAUAUCUAUCUAUCCUUCUCAGUCCGAUCACAUUCAUCUAUCUAUCUAUCUAUCUAUCUAUCUAUCUAUCUAUCUAUCUAUCUAUCUAUCUCAUCUGAUCAUAUCUAUCUAUCCUUCUGAGUCCGAUCACAUCUAUCUAUCUAUCUAUCUAUCUAUCUAUCUAUCUAUCUAUCUAUCUAUCUAUCUAUCUCUGCGUCUCAUCAAAAUGCAGUUAACGAACAAUAAACAAACAGUUUCUCUAUUUACAAGAGAAAAACUUCUACUUUCACCGUAG